UAUUAUAUGCAUAUCUAAUGGUGCCUGCCUGUUAGCGUUGUUUGGUCACUUUUUUGGUUAUUUUCUUCAACGGACUCCACCCACCACGGCGGCGUAAAUGACAGCGCCGGCGACUGCUCGGAGCGCCCACCUCCUACGCCUCGUCCUCUCCUGCCGGAAAAUGACGGCUCAAGUCACGUGCGCAGACAAUUACUCCAUCAUCGCCAUGGCUUCCUCCUCCGAACAGGAAUUCGCCAAGGACUACAGAGCGAAGCUCAACCGUUUCCCCCGUUCUCGCAUCUAUUGGGACUCCAAAAUCGCUUCCAAAAUCGGCGACAAGCUCGCAAUCCGUCUCCGAGAAGUCGGCGUCUCGAGCGUCCGCAUCGACGUGCAGGAGGAGCUCUCGAGGCCGAUCUAUUACCGGAAGAUGCUCACCCCCUUUUACGACUCUGUCAAGCGAAUCGGAAUCACCAUCGACGGCGCCGAGGAUUUGCCAUAUCUAGGUUAACAAUCGUCUUCAGAAAUCGAGAUGUAGACGCCGAAUUUUUGUCCGCGCCUCUUAGAAAGAAAAUGGUCGAGAGCCAAGAUAGUUUCCGGGUUUUAAAGUUAGCAUAAACUCGAUCAAACGACGGCAUCCACAACCAUGUACAUUAUUUUGUAAAAUCGAUGUUUAUUCGUAUGUUGGAUAUUUGUCUGACAUAACUCAUGUUUUAUAUUCUUUGAUUCUUCGAUAAAUCUUGAGAUCGCACAGGAAAUAAUUUCUCUAAACCAAACCGAAGCAUAAGUUCGAGAAAAUCGAACUAAAAGGGAAUGUAAUAACACUAGCUAGGCUGCCUUGGAGCAAUGCAGUGUCCCA